AUGGCGGUCUCGGGAGCCGUUCAAGCCUUGAUCGCGGCCUUUUUCUUUGGUAUUGUGGUCAAUACAGCUUCCGCCGGCGUCGUUCUUUACAUCAAGGGCCAUGGCUCAACAAUCUUUCGGGACGGCCUGAGGCUGGCCCUCAUAUUAUUCCUCACAUCAUCAGCGCUCUGGGCGCAGGUCGAGUUUCUCGCCACUGUGAUCGAUGCGACGGCUACUUCGACAUGUCAAGUGGCAGUUAUCUUCUCCACCCUCCUCGAUCAGUUCGCACGAGUAUCGAUUGAGCAAUUUCUUAUCUGGUCGGUGGCAAAGGAUGGAGCCAAAUCAGUGGCCGGCAUGAUACCGCAGAUACUCCUUCUUGCACGCUUCGUCGUUGGGAUGGUCCUGGUUGGAGUUUCCAAGCCUCAGUUCACGCCGACAUGUGUUCCGCUGUCGAAUGUCACUCCAGUCGCCAUCGCAGUCAUCGCUUUGGAUGCCGUUAUUCUUGCGAGCUUAACAAUCUCGGCCCUCAAAUCAGGCUCGUCAAAGGAUGGAGGAAGGUCAUCUCAAGACAAGACUUUACUUUUGAUCAUCGCUGGUCUGGGGAUCUGGAUGGGGACAAGUGUGACACUACUCCUGGGAGUAGGCACUAUUGAUCUCUUUUUCAGGACGACGUUGCCGGCCAUCGGGUUAUUCAUCCUAGCCGCUCUGGUUACAAUAUCAUCUGAGAACCUGACUGUGACUCGGACGCGUCGUCCAAGACAACCGGAGUCACCUACCCCGCAGAACAUAAGUCGUGACCGAGAUUUGGCAAGUGCAGACUCAGAUGAGUAUCCUCCGUCACGGUAUGAAGACAUCAAGGGAAUGAACGCACCAACAGUGAUGGCAUAUCGUGGUCAAGAUACCCCACGAAAUGACGCCAACGGCCUUCCGAUGAUAUCUCGGCCAAUCACUGGUGUGACAGGCAUUGGAGGUGUCGCUGUUCAGGGACAGUUGUUUCCUCCAAUUCGCGCGAACACUAUUGAACAAUCCUCAGUGUCCCAGGUAAAGACUCAGGUUAAUCUACCGAAGCGCAGCAAGACUACUGGACCAACUGGGAAACUGGUCAUCUCGCACCCUAUCCCGAUAGACCACCCAGAUGCACAGAAUGCUUUCAACAAGAUUCCGACCAUCGAUCUGGCUACAGCCGCUAGGAACGAGCAGGAACGACGAGCAGGGCACGCGAAUAGAGUUUCUGCGCUGAUUGCGAAGCGGCCAGCGCCACAGCCUCCUUCCAUGUCAUCCGAAGAGUCUCUGAGGCGAGCAACAAGCACAAAGAGGAAGGAGGCAAAACCUCAGUCGCCGAAGGAAAUUGUACGCUCAAACUCGACCAAGACUGCACAAACCGGUACGAAUUUGUCAGUGGAAGGGAAUGCAUCAUCGUCAUCCGCCCAACUAUCUCCGAGCCAUGAAGAGCUUCGAAGGCGAUCGCCACGGCAGGUUAUACCCACCACUGUACCAGCAAAGACUCCCAAUAAAGCAUCAGGGUUCCAGCCAGUUACACCAGGUCAACCUAUUCGAAUACCGAUACCGAGACCCCAGCCCACUCCAGAGCCAGCCCCUAAAGUGCCAGAGCCUGUAAAGACUCCGCUCCAACGACGACCCACUAACGGAUUGCCCUCCAACCCGCGCGCUCAGGCAAUGAGGAAGCUUGCUGAAGAGGAGAAGGGCGAAAGACAACAAACGGUCAUGUUCAUCAACAACAUUGUCUACGACGAUCCGAGUGCUGUUGACACUAUCAUCCAAGGCGCUUCAAAAACCCCGAUGUCACCCCUACGAUCUUCCAAUUCCGUCGUAAACCGCCCACGACCAAUUCCUCGAAAGGGUGACAAGGAUCGCCAGGUAUUCCCUGCGGAAGUAUCGCCAACUCAUGGCCACAGAAGAACCAAGUCAGGUGGCUCCAUAAUGAGUAGGAGAUCCAUUCUCCAGUCUACGCCUGGAAGCCCUACGCAGCUUCCACCACUGCCUCCACCUCCGCAGAGUGCUGGGAAUGUACCAAGACCUCAGCCAAACGACACCAAAAGCAUGACUUUCGAUGAAAAGAUGUCCAUGUUCUAUGCACAACCGCUUAGCGCCUCUUCGACGACUUCAACUACGAGAUCCGUGAAGCGGAAAUCGACUGUUCCUGAUCUACCCCCAGUGCCGCCGAACUUCUUAGAGCUCGGAGACUUGGCUAUGAUAGACCCAGCUCCCGUAGUCGAGGAUGAACGGAGAUUGACAAAGACGACAGCUACCUCUCGAAGCAGCGUCCGAACGCAAAGUAUCUUAGGAGUUGAGGACUUGGAUGAUAAAUAUCUGCAAGAUCCCAAUCGAAAUGUUGCCGACGAGCUAGGAAAUUCUUGGCUUCCAGGUAUCUCAACAGGGAAGCACACACCAAUGGAACUUCGAGUUGAGGGUAGCAAGCGCCAGUCUUCGCCUGUGAUACCUGCCAUCAGAUACUCGGAAAUGUCUGGAUUGAGCGAAACCAGAAGUGAGACCAGAACGCGGGACGAGGAGAUCACCACGGUUUGGGGGUCUGUACACUCGCCAGUGGCUGCCGUUGACAUGCAGGGUGCUCGUCUCAAUGCUCGCUCAACUUACAUCACAAAGGAAGCACGCCUCCCCUCCGUUCUCAGCGGAGUUGGCGAAGAAGUUAUGACUGUUAUGCUGGAUACUUCAUCAGAACAUUCCACAACGUAUCGGCAAUCCUUCUUGCUGGAUGACGAUGCUUCCCUACCAGAUCUCCCUGAACCUCCUGAGAUGGAGAGGCGGACAUCUGGCCAAUGGCAUCGCCGCGUUGGUGAGGAUUGUCCGACGUUCUCCACGAGGAAAGAAAAAGUCAGGUCUCGAAAGAUGCCGCCGCCGACGCCGUUACUUCUGAAGAACUCUAGUAGCAAGAAAGCACUUGUUAUUCAGGAAACAGAACCCUCACCACUUGAAUCACCCAACGCAGCUUACAACAUGAUUCAAGCUCAGCUGAGGAAACUAGACGAGUCGCGGGGAGACAGUAGAGAUUCGGUUGGCAGUGAGACCAGGCGAAUUGAGCUUCUCGAGAAUCUCGAACUAGAGAUGGGUAUGCAAGAGAGCAAGUGGCAGACUAUGCAGCACAACUUGGACCGCGACUCGAUCUCCACUAUGCAGACAGACUCUCGUCCUGUGUCAGUUGUCAAUUCUGUCACCAACCCCAUUUCUCGGUCAUCAUCUACAAAGUCGAUCUUGGCAGAGCGCAGAGCUUCGAGAAGAGCACGCAUGGCUAGUGGGGUGCGGCCGAGGGAAGACUCAGAGACAGCGACACCGUCAUCGCAGAGCUCAGAGUCCUCGCGAGCCAGUUUGUGGCAAACUCGUCUGGCUGAAGCACAGACGCAGUACAUGGAGAACGCUCCGGACCUGAUCACGAAGCGCAAUAACCUCAACUUUCUGGCGGUUUCAAAAGCGGCUCUAGGCAGCCCGACUCCACCUGAUACCGAUGAGUCCGAUGAAGAAACAGAAACACGUUUCCAAUCAUUAGGUGCGACAGUAUCGAACAUCGCCAAAGAGGUCCAUCACCUUUGGCGACCAAGUGCGCCAAAGAUGGAUGCCAGAAACGGUGCAUUGUGGAUCAAGCCGCUUCAAGAGCCGGCAUCUGUCAACCGAUUCCAGCUUCCUGGACCUUCUACUCGACCCGUUCCGAGAAGGAGCACCGAGCCGUUGAGAAUCAAUAGCACUGAGUUGUGGCAGAAAGCGAGACUUCCAACUGAGUCUCUUGCAUCCAGAGGUCUUUGGGGAGAUUCUGCCGUGCCACAGUCCCAGGUUGAGACAGAAAAGACGCAGAAGGCCCUUACCCGCCCUCUUACCCAGCGUCCGCCUCGGAGGAACAAGCGUGUGACCCUCCUUCCCGAUAUACUCGAGAGUCCACAACCUCUACCUGACAAGAGAGGCACAUUAGGUAUCUUCCAAUUCCCUUGGGGAGAAAAGAGUGAGAGUGCAACAGUUCAGUCGAUUCAACCACGCCCCAGCCAGAUGUUCAUGGCCAUGCCUGGGACUAUGACAUCAGGUGGGCCUCGUAUCAACCUGGCCUUGGAGGCAAGGGCCAGACAGCUCGAGGCUGAUGAGUAUUCCUCGUCCUUCUUCGAUGACUACGACGAAGAGGACGGUGAUAACUUUGACGACUUCGAUGACAGUGACGGUGAUGAUUUCGAUGAGACAACGCUAUGGGAGAUUGCGAGCUUACUGAAGACGGAAAAUAUUCCCUCCACGAACAGCUUGUUGCCAUCUGCGAUCAGCUCCUCCGUCAUUGAGGACUAUAUCACUGAGGAGGAGUCUGACCAAGAAAUCGAAGAAGAAUAUGCGGCGGGACCGGAAAUGGUUCUCGAUGAGCCUGUCCCUGUAUCUCCCUCUGUUCCAGCGAUUUCCGAUUUUAACACCCCAAAGCCAUCAAUGUGGACACCCAUUGUUGCUGAAAACACCCUGCACCAUAACUUUGGUCUUCAGCAGCCGGCACAGAAUGUAUGGGACAGUUACAUUCCCAGUGACACAGAUAUGGUUCGAUCACAACCUCGCAUUGAAGAGCUUAGACCCCUCGAAAGCAGCCAAUUGUGGACCUCGACGCCAGUAAACGCCGUCUCUAAGCCUGCGUUAUGGGUUUACAAGGCGGCUGUCAAACAAGAUCGGCAUCUGGGACUUCCUCAGCCUGAUCUAGGUAUUUGGGAAAUGUAUAUUCCCGCGGCUUCCAAUGCUGUGCGGCCCCAAGCUCGAGUCGAAGAUCCUACAAGCCUCGAGAGCAACGCGCUCUGGGUGCAAUCUGUAAAGACUUCACAGCCAUCAGAUGCGCUACUCUGGGCAGCCCCGCGGCAGACUGCAACAAUUGUAGCUCCAAAAUCUCAGCCUAUUCUGCAGAGUGGUAGCUUCAUGUGGAAGAAGCCUCUCGCCAUACUUGAGUCCGAAAACCAAGGUUUAUUCGAUAGCAUGGUUACAAGACCCGACUACCGAAGGACGUCAAAGGCCCCAGCUGCUAUAUCUAUGACCGUUAAACCUCGUCGAAACAAGGAGCCUAUGGAGGCCUUGAGUACACGAGUGUUGUGGAAGGCAUCGCCGAAGUUGGCUAUCAGAACCACCGGCAAGCGUCAAACGAUGUGGUCGCCAACGGCUGCCAGGGUUGCGAACACAACCGGCCUUUUCCAGGUCGACAUCAACCGAAAGACCUACAGAACAACUUUAGCAGAACCUGCCGCUUUGCUCAUGAUAACAAAGCCGCGAAAGUCAGAUGCACCUCUUCCCCUUCUACAAAGCUCCCAGUUUUGGAGCGCGAACUCCGACAAGCGGGUUGAAGUUAACUGGCUGAAGCUGUCUUCGUCCCAACCCGUCAGGCCACAACCAGCAGCGGCUUUGCAAACUUCAUCGUUGGCAGGACUGUUCAGAGUUGACCCUACGCGGAAGGUCUACCGCACCACAACUGCCGACCCUGCUGCGCUGUAUAUGGAGACCAAGCCGCGAAGGACAGAUGCGCCCCUAUCGGCCUUGGAGUCUACCCAGUUAUGGGUUCUCGGCAGGUCGACUGCUGCUGAGUUUGACUGGAUCACCAUAUCAUCUGUGAGACCACAGAGCCCAUCCGUGGCAUCCGUCACCUCCAGCUCCAGUUCAUCCCCAUCAUCUCCAGUCAGCGAUUCAUCUUCCGUCAAGUCCACUAGUACGAAGGCAUCCACAAUCGCACCCUCCACCACUGGUGGCUUCAGUCUGCGCGGCUGGUUCGGAAGAAAGAAGAAGGCUGAGCCCGAGACCCCUGCCAUGCCACAAGUCCCUGAAAUUCCUGUCGAGUUCGUCGUGAAGAACCUUGACGAGGUGGUCCAUGAGAAGCCAGUCCAUGUCCCGCUACGUCACCAACACCGGUCAACAGUCGCAUUCAGAUGUGACUGGGACGAUGCACUCCGGGAAGCAGUCGAAGCCAGUUACCCGGGUACUCACUUUGCCCUUGCCCACGCCACCGAGGCGCAAUGGGACGCUGCCCUUCAAGAGGCCAUCAAAGCUAGCCACAUUGCUCCCAAUAUCAUUCGAAGAACCGCAACGCCGAAGGAGUGGUCUACCGCUCUCUGUCAAGCCAUCGCUGCUAGCUACCCCCAAAACAGGUUUUCAAGGGGACAAGUACUUCCGUGCCAGUGGGAGGAUGAACUUCGAGAAGCCAUUGCUUGUUCUCAGCGUGUCAAUUUCGAUGCAUCGAAGAUCCAUCCCGUCUUCGCCACUUCUUCUCUAGCCACCGAGUCUACUGAUGUCCACCCAGCUGCCAUCGGCUACACUUAUGAUGUUGCCGUAACACACCCUGUUUUCUUCGGCUCAAUGAAGGCCACCUCGGCCAAUGUCCACCCAGCCAUGUCUGGGCUGAUCCAAGAAGCCCGCCCAGUCGCCCGCCAGCAACCGUUUGUCUCGCAACCGUUGCUCUGGUCCAAGACCGCCUCCCAAGCCGCAACCAAGCCCACGGCCAUGUGGACAGCGCCGACAGCACCUGUUGCCCAACUCCAGGCACCAAUCCUUGCCGCGAUAGAGACGCAGGUAGCCCGUCACGCGGCUCAAGGUACCUCUAGUGAGAUCUCACUCGAUGUGAACUUCGGCAAACAGGGUAUGUGGAAGCGUGGCGGUGGAAUGAAACGAUCGGAUUCUCGGACCAUCAAGCGAGACUGGUUGGAUGACUCAACGAAGAAGCGAUUCUCGCGCAUUGAGCUCAGGUACUAG